AUGGAGGCGCAGCCAUCUGAGCGGUACGAUGUUCUUCAGAAAUAUGUUGGCGCAGAUCAGAUUGAAUCAAGUGAAGCCGCAUUAGACCGACUUGCCAAACGCUGGGAAGAUGAAUCAAACUCGGCGGCAGAUACAAUUGAGAGUGUUUCCGAUCAGCUUAGGCCAAUGGCUGAGGCAGCGGAAAGCACUCUUUCUGACCCAGUUGAGUGGGCUUAUAGCGAACUCGAACAGGAUGUAUCUGAAGUAGAGUCUGAAAUUGCAGACAUUGAGAAUCAGAAGACCGCACUUGUUCAACUUCAAAUGAGCGCAACUCAACUAGCAACUGCUAAAGAAACUCACAUCAAAUCCAAAGAGGCCCGGGUGGCCGCCGAGCAAGCUGUUUCCGAACUCGAAGCAGGACAAGCCGGUACAAGUGACCUUAUCGAAGUUCUUCAGCAAGCGAGAGACUAUGUUCAGCAACACCCCGGACCAAGUUGCCCAGUAUGCACUCAAGAUGUUGAUCCUACUGACCUUGCAAGCUUGAUUGAACAACGCCUUGCAGAGUACAAGGAGCUUGAAGAGAAAACUAGGGUACGGGCGAAGUGUGUUCGAGCCGAAGCUGAUGCCGAUGAACGCGUAGCGCAGCAACGAGAGGCAUUUAUUGCAGCGGUAUCCGGUAUUGGAGAAAAAGCAGAAGAAUCAACGACUGAUUACGGCUUACCUUCUAUCAACCAAUCCUGCGAAGACGAAAACACCGAAGAACGGCUCAUAGAUCUCGCCUCAGAAAUCAAGCUGGUUAUUGACGGCCUUGUUGCCAUCUGCGAAGAGAAACGAAGGCUCAUAAGCCGACGCAACAUACUCGCUCGCCUAGUGAAACAGUAUACCGAUGCUGUAGAAUCCUACAAAUCAAGCCAACUGCUCGCUAUCAAGGCGAGGGAACUUCACGGCAUUGUCAAAACAAAGAGGCAAGAGUAUUCCCAGCAAAUCCUGAACUCAAUCUCUGAUGAGACUGACCGACUAUACGAAAUCAUCCAUCCAGGUGAAGGAUUGGGAGGCUCUAAGCUUUCAAUGGUGCGCAAGAGUUCCAUCGAGCAGAAAGCAAAAUUCUCAGGAAAGGAUGUCGCCCCCGGUGCGUACUACAGCGAAUCACAUCUUGACACCCUUGGCUUCUGCGUAUGGGUAGCAAUAGCCAAGCUUGAAUCCCCCGAGAACACAAUCGUUGUGCUUGACGAUGUGUUUACCUCAGUUGAUUUGGAGCAUCUCCGCAGAAUCGCCAAGGUCAUCGAUGACAUGAUCGAAUCAUUCGCUCAAGUCAUCAUUGUCACACAUUCAAGAAGAUGGCUUGACUACUACCGUUUGAAUCAGGGUUCCUCAAGCAUCGGCCUUCUUCAGCUACUGCCACAUUCGAGUGCUACUGGAAUACGGUUUGUAGAUACAAAGCUUCCUGUUGAUCAGUUGGUCAGUAAGCUGCAGGAGCAACCCAUUGAUAGACAAUCAUUAGCCAGCAUGAGCGGUGUCCUUCUGGAAGCAUUACUAGAUCGGGUUUGCUUGCAGUAUGAAAGGCCACUCCCACGGAACGGGAACAUGAAGUGGACGCUCGGUCAAUACUUGAGUGCCUUGCCUGAGAAACACACAAAGAAACUCAUUGUCGAGCGAACAUGCCCUCAAGGGCAGCAAGACCAUCAACUCAAAACACCAUAUGAAGCCAUCAAGCCCCUCUACGAGGAAGCUGGACUUCUCGGCCUCGUCCGCAAUCAGGUUGGAGCACAUUUCAAUCUCGAAGGCUCAGAGAUUCCAGACAGCGAGGUCAUCGGAUUUGGCGAGUCAGUCAGAGACUUUGCAGCAUCAAUCUCAUGCCCAUGGUGCGGCGGGAUACCUGAAAAGCCCAGCACAGAUGCAUACGAAUGUGGCUGCAAAGCCACGAAACUCAAACCACUCAAGCUCUGA